CCGCCAAGCAAGAUGGCGGUUUGAAAUGCCUGAAUUAUUCGGCAUAUGACUCUUUAUUUUCACCCAUGCCAAGCCAUUUCUCCGUUUGAGAAGGUCAGAUUUCGACAGCAGCAUCGAUCUUGAACUGAUCUUUCAGGAAAUGAGCGCGGGAAAAGGCGAAACGAAGAAGAAAAAGGGUUUGACAUGGGCUGAAGCGGCCAAACAGGUAUUAAAACUUUAUAUGGCCGCACAAAGAAGUCUAUGUCAGCUGAGUGCGAGGUCAUGUGUAGUCUCUUUGAUGUUAUUUUACCCGAAUUGAGCUAUUUUUUCGUUGCCUUUAGGUAUUGGCGAGGUCGGCUGAUCCUCUCACACACAAAGAUAUCCUUAAAGUGAUACAGGAAGAAGGUUUGCGCGAUUUAAGGUGAGGUGAAGCGAAUUUCGAGGCUGUGGUAAUCGUAAUCUCAAGAUGAUUGACAGCACAUAAGCGUCAAUACUUCAGGUUUAUGGGUAGAGGUCUCUCACUGAUGUAGAAAUGAUUCCCUUUGCUAUAUUUGGUCGAUUAUGAUCGCAAGUUUUUCCAUCCGAUGCAAUUCCAAUCAACAAUGAAAUGCCGUCCAACAUGAGGUGUAACAAUGUGGACGUCCAAAAUCUGAAUUUACAUGAUUUCACUCCCCAAUUUAAAAAAAAUGUUUAUCCGAGAAGCUACCAUUUCAAUUCUACUCAUUACUUGAACUCUCAAACUUACAUGUUGCAAAUUUUAUUUUUAUUUUGAUUGAGUGGAACUGAAAAACAUUCCUCCAAGUAGGUUAGGUUUCUUUUAAUCGAGGGACAUUUUUUUUGAAGGGAGACUGGAGAAGAAUUUGUUUUGCCUAGGCUUUUUUCAGAAACAAACAGGAAUAUUUUUACAGUAAGCACUUGUUUCCAUAUCUCAAACCGCCCUCUCCCUUUUCACUUACACUUACAUGAAAUUUCUAAGUUUCUUGACUCAGAGACUUAGUUUCUGCUCAACAAAUGUCGUCAAAGUGCAAGUCUCUUCAAUUUUAAAGCAAAAAAAAAUUUCGAGUAAAGAGCAGGAAUCGAUCCCGGAGUGCUAAAUCAGUUGUCAUAUGCCCUAACCACUAGACCACCAAGGACUCGCUGCAGGGAAUGGGAGUAAUUUAACUACUGUAGCGAAAGCCCUAACCCUAAAUAAAAGCUAACCGUUAACCCUAAUCAGUAUUUUCAGUGCUUAACCCUAAUCAGUAUGGUCAGUGCUUAACCCUAAUCAGUAUUUUCAGUGCUUAACCCUAAUCGGUAUUGUUAGUGCUUAACCCUAAUCACUAUAGUCGGNGGUGUGUUGGGGGGGGGGGGGGGGGGGGAGGGGGGAGAGUGGGGGGAGGAAAGAGUAAAGCCGCCCCUGUCAGCUGAAAAAUGUUUUGGGUGACCCAAUAUUUGUCCCAAAAUUCUUAGCACCACCUACCCCCCCCCCCAAAAAAAAAAAAAUUAAAAUUAAAUUAUGAUGGGUGAACUUAAAUCAAAUAGAAGUUUUGAAUGGCCAUCAGCAGAGAACAGACAUGGUCUAAUAGCUAACGUUGCAAAGGGGUCUGUUUUUAACAGUGAGAACCUCAAGAGAAACUUCAGUUUUGAAGCUUCCAAAGUCAGGAAACUUAUAUACAACUUGCUCUGCGAUAUGCCUACUGAAAAAGUAUACCAAGAUUCGAACCAGAAUACUUUGACCUUCUAUUAUAAACUUUUAUUAAUUAAAUUACUCUAUAGCAUGUUUAUAGGUGAAGCACCUGCAACUCUUUUAUACUUGACAAAUGAACCUUGAACUGCGUACCUCAGAAGGAGUAAUACUUUUUAAUCGUCACACGUUUUAACACGCAGUUUCUUAAAAACUCUAUUGGCUAUAGAGGUGCUAUUCUCUGGAAUGCUGUCUCGACUCAUUUUACACACCAGUUUACUGUUUUUUAUCGCAAAUUGAAGAAGGACUGUUAUUUUAAGGAACUUGAUUUUUAGCACGUUUUCGGUUCAGUCCCUGCCCAGGCACUAGUCAUGAAGAUUUUGAAUGUUUUUAACUAUUUUAUGUUUUAAAUGCUGCAGUCAAUUUACUUAGAAGUAACUAAUGUAAUUUUAUUUUAACAUUGUAUCUUUUUAGAAUCUUACUGUAUAUUCUUAGAGUUUUUAUUGUAGUUGUAUUUUGUAAGUAAUGUUAUCCCUAUUUUUAUAUAGUUCUAUAAAUAUGUGUGUUUUUUUUUACACCACCCCACGAGCUUUGAGCUUUAAAUCCUAUUGUGUUUUAAUAAAGGAUGUAUGUAUGCCUUCCCCGGGGAUUGAAGGACCAGCAAAUCACUUUAAUACUAUGACAGUCUCAAAAUAUCAUUACUUGCUAAACAUUACAGCACUAGGCAAACGCUAUCAAACAUUAUCAACAUACUUAUAAUACAACACCACCUACACUACUCAAACAUCAUUGCUACGCUAUACAAUAGGUAACACUAAACACUAAGCACGUUACCUGAAGUAACCAAAUAAAACUGCUACAGUAAAGUACAGACCACGGGCAUUGCAGCAUUACACACGUGUUUCAUGCUUGGAAAUCCGCCAUAUUGCAUGCAAAUUCCAUGAGAAAAACACUCAUGAAACACUCGUGUAAAAAUAUACAAACAAAGAUACACAAGAAAAUACACGCAACUGUACGUGGUGAUAGCUUAAGUUCUAUCAACGGCAAGAGACAUUCCAUUUUUUUUUAAUGUGGAAGGAGGGAUUAUUUGUUUCACAAUGAUAUGUUUGACUUGGCUUGUUUCUUAUUUUAACAUUUUAGUGGCGUAGAGUUGCUUUUUUGUGCGUGAUAAAGUAGAGGGUCCGGGGGCAUACUUCCCAGGGAAAAUUGGAACUUCCUGAACAUCAGUUAUCAGUCAGUUAUCACAGAUGCCAUCACUGCAAAACUUGAAAGAAUUUCUUGGUUGACCCCCCCCUUGACACCCAAUAUUUUUUUGCCUGGUCCCCCCUCUAAAGUCAUAUUUUUUGGCAUGCCCCGACUCAAAUCCCACCAGCCCACCUUAUCUGUUAAAAAAUGAAUGACUGGUCCCUUGGGAUUAAAAUUGUGGUUGCUAAUGUUGUUUCCGAAUUUUGACAUCUUUUCCUGCUACUGUUCUUUCUUGACAUUUCCUUUUUGGCUUCAUAGAUUCUGGUUGGCUGAAUGCUUAAAAAUUUAAAUCCCCCAACAAGGUCUCUUAGGUAGAUAUUUCAAUCAGACAGUAGAUCCUCAUUUAAUCCUCAGCUGCAGUAUGACCAACAAAAAUCAAAAGCUUUUCUGCUAGUUAUGGAAAUCCAGUUGGGCCAAUAGGGAGUUCAAGAUACCACAACUGUGACGGCAGCAAAAAAGGGAAUUUGCAUUCUUCCAAUCUCUAUCGCGAUUAUUCCAGCAAACUCUCCUGGAGUGGAAUUCUUAAGAACCAUAUCGAACUUCAGAAAGAGAAAGAAACUUUUUUCAUCUCUGAUUUACAUCCUCUGUAAAAUGUGAAAUUAGGCAUUUUCAUGUCAUGAUUUUGUAGUGACAGCAACGUAAAAUGUGUGAUGCUGGUGCAGAAUUGUUGUUUUCCCCAUUUAUCCAAUUGCUGUUUUGACUUUCUUAUUGCCAUUUCUGAUGUGUCAUCUUAAACUCCCUGAUUAUAAUAGUAAUGUUUUCCUGUUGCAAGGGAACACUUUAACCACUAGUGUUAGAUUUCCUUCAAAAUACACAUUUAAUCAAAAAUGGGUUUUACCAAACAGAAUUUCGUCUGUUACAAGAAUUUUUUCUCAAGAUAUUCAGAUGUAAACUCCAGUUUUGGAGUUUUCAUUCAGUUACAGCUAUAUUGUGAAAUAUCCAGACCCAAAAAUCCCAAUUCAGAUUUAGUUUCUAAAAAAGGUACCAUGAGAGUCUAAAUUAUUACAAGAAGAAGCUCAAAUGAUUUUUUCUUGAAAAAUAUAUUAAAACAGUACCACAGUACAUGCAUUCUCUCAAGGUAAUUAAUCUGCCCUGCAAUGUAAUUGUCUUUAACAAAGCACUUAAUGUCUUGUUUGUUGUUUAGGGCGCUUUUUUUUAAGGGUGAGCUAUUUAGUCUUAUGACAAUUUUUUUUGCAAAGCAUGGGUGUUGGGUAAUUUUGUUAGCAGUUGAUGUUUUGUAUUGUAAAUUACAUUCCUGUUGGCAAAUUUCAAAAUUGAUUGGUACUUUUUUCCAAUUUCACAGUUAGCAAUCACCAAACAUGUAGUGAGGAACAAAAAAGACAGUCAAAUCUAAAAAAAACUGACAAGAGUCUAAAAAUCAUUCUGUUUAUUAUUUUUUAGUCGCGGAACUGCUCCACUAGCAUGUUUAAAUGCUAUGCUCCAUCACCAUUCCCGUGGCCCUAAUGACUUGUUCAUAAAGGUGGAAGGCCGGAUGAGCUGUUACAAACUCAAUGUAUGUAAACUAAUUUCUGUUUGUUUUAAUUAAUCUAUUAUUGUGUAUUUUGGUGUUUCGAGAAAGGAACACUUCAGUCCUAGUUCACCUUAUAACGGCAUAGUGGUCUAGGGGUCUGAUGUAGUGGUUAGCUCAUUGGACUUCUCUUCAAAUCUUGUCACUGUGUUGUUUCCUUACAAAGGAACUUGACUCUGUUCUGUGUCUCAGUCUUCAACCAGGUGUGUCUUAAUACAGGGUUAAAGUUCUUGAACUUUAGGAGAAUUCUUUGAAAAGUUCUUGAAUUCCAUUUUUUCUUGAAAAGUCCUUUUUUCAACUUUGAAUGUAGUGGCCUGGAAAGUGUUUUUCAAUGCUAUUUGCUUGUCCAAGACAGAAUAUAAGUCAUAGCUCAGAGAAGUUAAAGUUGGUUUACAUAAAGCGUUUUGUGUUUUGUGCUUUGUGCAAUAAUUAACUCUCAAUUUAAGACAAGUGAACUGAGUAUUAUAGAGACAUUGGUGGAGCAAACAGUUCAAGCCUUGAAGUCCUGUUAGAAUGGAUUUGGAAUGUGCAUUUUUUUACUUCUGUGAAACUGCAUUCCUGGUACAGCUGUAGGUGGUCCUUUAAAAUUGAAUGUGGUCCUUGAAAAGUUUAAAAAUGGUUGCAAUUUUUUGUAUGAACCCUGAAAUAGAGGAUAAGCUCUGGUUUUCUUGACCUCAUUGACUUGAAGUGUGCCUUUGCUUCUUUGAAGAUACAAAUUCUCCAUACUGAUUGCUAUACAUUUCCUUAAAAAAAUUGGUUAAGAGAAUUUGAUUAGAGAUCAAAGCAUUUUUUAUUUUUCCAGCCAACUAAUGUCAGCUGGUAGCCAUACCCUGAUCAAUGAGUGAAUAACAAUAUUUAAUAUAUAUAUAUAUAUAUAUAUAUAUAUAUAUGGCACACUUUCACAUUCAUAUAUUAUUUUGUUACAUUACAGUGUAGUACAUCUAAUUUUAUUUAGUUGCUACUGAAUCUUAACCUCUUGUGGUAAAAUCUUAUUUCAUAGCCAAACAGAGUUGAAACCUCAGGAGACAAUUCUGGUAACUGUAAGUAAACAUUCCUUACCACCUUUAAGCAGCAUUGCAAAAGAGAGAGCAUGUUCUUGCGGGGCUAGACCUACAGAUAUCUUGGUGAAGAUACCGUAAAAUUCCAAAAAUAAGCUUUGGGGCUGAUAUUUUUCAAAGGCCCUUUUUGACGGGCUUAUUUUUGGAGGGGUUUAUCUACGGAGGGAAAUUUGCGUUUCAAAAUUGAUUGGGCUAGCCUUAUAGUUAGAAGUAAAUUUACCAUUUUUGCUUUGUUUUACUUUGUAUUUGAGGGCAAUUUUCCAAGAACAAGCCCCCAGGGGGCUUAUAUUUGGAGCGCAAUUUAACGGAGGGUUUUUUGUGUUACCGGUUUGGGGGGGGCUUAUAUUUGGAGGGGCUUAUACAUGGAGGGGCUUAUUUUUGGAAUUUUUUAGUCAUUCACUUUCAGUCAACUAUGAAAAAAAUAAGCUUAUACUUAUCUGAAUAUUAUUCAGUCAGUUUACAGCCAGGGAAUUUUUUGGUUUUGUAAGUGGCAAAUGAUACAGUGUACAGUCUUCAGUGAUUUUUGUGGGAGUUUUCUUCGGAUAAUAAUUUUGUUUUAUUCCAAUUUUACCUUGAUCAGUAAUUAACCAUAAUUCCUCGAGCCUGAAUAGGCUCUGAGUCAAUAGCCCAUAAGGCCGAAGGCCGAAUGGGCUAUUGACUCAGACGCCAUGGGGGCGACAGGAAUAAUGAUUAUUCCUAAUAUUAUUACUAAAACAAUUAUUGUUUUAGUAAAUCCAACAAGUUGGUAAAAAAUAUGGAGACAAAACAACUUUAGCCGGCAAAACUUGAUUCAGCCACCAUUGUUUUGGUUUUCAAAGCUGGUGCUUUUCGCUACUAGUGGGCUGUAACAUAUAGCCUAGUAGUAGCUCAACCAAUCAGAAUGCAGCAUUGAUAAUAGACCACUAGUUGGAUUUUACUAAUAAUUAUUAUUUUAUUCCUUGGCAGCCCAAGACUCUGACUCAGACUCAAUGGAUAUGCCUGAUGACUCAGAUUUCAACCAUUUUCUUGACAAGGACAGUUUGAAUGGCCUUAGUAAUGGGAAAGUGAAGAUACCCAUGGGAACAAACAGUGUUUUGAUGCCACAGCUGAAACCUCCCCCGCCCAAUCCUUCUCCAAGGGAUCCCAAGUCAAAGCCAUCGCUCACCAAGGACGGAAGACUACAGAAGAAGCGUGGCCCCAAAGGGCCUCGCAGUUCAACAGCAACUAAAAGACCCAGGUUGACGAGUACAAGACCUGUCCCAAAAAUGGUUUUGAAAAAUCUGAAAGUGGGAACUGAUGAGAGUAAUGCUGGAUCAAGCACCAAGAAUGGCAAUGGGAAGGUUAGUUGAUGCAACAUUGUACUUUCCAUGAAAUUCUGUUGCUACAUGUAACUAGCAUUAUUGUCAAAUCACUGGCAGUAAUGGGAAGGAAGGAAAAUUAAUGUGCAAGAUAACUGAAGAACAGGACAUACAUGUAAAAUUGUACCUACUAUUAGAGGCACCAAUUUCCCACACUGGCACCCAAAUUCUGAAAAAUUAGUCACCAAAAUGGUGGCUAGAAUUUAUCACCAAAUCUUGUUUGUGAACCUUGUGAUUGAAAAGUGUUUGAAAAGAAAUCUGUCGUAGUGAUCGAGUGACAAUCUGACAUCUUUUUUUAUUGCAGAAAUUCAGCACACUUUCCAAAUAUGUCACAAAGAAAUUGUGUUCCUGAAUGCCAGCUUAGAUUUCAUGUACUACCCAUACAUUGUGCAUACUCCACAGGGCUUGCAGGGUGCAAAGAAAGUCAGUUUUUCUGUAGCUAGCACCCACUAGCCCACGAGUCAUUUUAACUAGCCCGAUGAUGAGCAGGAUUGAUAACAGUUCUUCUGUUAUUUGAAUUCCAUAAAAAUCUUCACUUGCCAGGCAGGCAAGUUAAAAACAGAAUUCACUUGCCUGAUAGCAAAAUCAACAAGCCUGGGUUAUUGGACACGACUUUCUUUGCACGCUGCCUUGCAAUAUCCCUUUACGAUGUAGUUCUCUUUUUUUCGACAGAUUGAUCGUUUAUUUGCAAGCUAGUUGACUAGAAUCAUAUGGGCUGAAUUUAAUGCCUGUAGGGGAAAUCUAUAUUAUUGUCCUCACUGUGAUGUUUGAAACCAGGCUCAAGACCAUAGUCCACCCUCCCCUUCACUUGUGACCUUCAUUGAUUGAGUUGAGACUUUUACUAAUCUUACUGAAAGAUAUAGCCUAUAAUACUCAUAACUUUCCCUUAUUGAUUAAUUUAUUUAUUUUCUAACAGGUUAAGCCUUCAUCUGUGCUCAUUCCACCAUCAUCCCAACUCAUAAACCCAUCUAGAGCAUCAGUAACAGCUAACUCCAUAGCUAGUCACAGCUUUCAGAAUCUUCCAGGGACGGCUGAUGACAUGGAUGGCAGAGAAACGCUGGAAAAAUUUUCUGACCUUUGGACAAAUUCAAAGGUAAAGUUUUCACAUUAAAUGUUGUAAAAUGCUGCUUCAUUCAGUCUAAUCAAAAUUUUAUUCAUUCCAAACUUGACAGCAAUGCUUGGUUUGUUGUGAUGGAAAUAACUGAUUAAUUAUUAUGCUAAUAUCAUGGGUGACGAAGUACUCCUUAAUUUUGGCACGAAAUUUCAGCGCUAAUUUGUAAUUUCACAUGUGAAAUUACAAAAUUGCCACGGCAACCUUCCGUACGUCUCAGUGUCAAGAUGGCGACGAAGUUUUAAAAUGCCGUGAAUGAAGAUGUCAGGGCACAAAAAGACACUUUAGAAAACCUGAACACACAAGAGAACAUCAAGAAGGAUUCUUACAGGUAUUUUGCCGAAAUAGUCUGAAAAAUUCUGAACUUUAUAAGCCAAAUUUAAGGUCUAAACAUUUGAGCGGAGAGUGGAGUUCUCAAUCAAUACGAUCCAGGAUAAACAUGUCAAAAAUCCAAGAUUGCUAACGUAAUUCGUCACCCCUGAUAUUAAUAGGUAAUCAAAUGGUAUACUCAUAAAAUUAGGGAAUACUUUCACUUGCGUUUUGUCCAAAUCCUAAUAAUUUCCCGAGCCUUUUACACAUACUCAUUUUAGUUUUUAUUUUCUUUUAACAUUUACGUGUUGUCACGCGCUUUUGAUCAUAUUUGCAUGGAAAAGGCAAGUUGUAAAUUUUUAAUUAUUAUUAUUAUUAUUAUUAUUAUUAUUAUUAUUAUUAAAAUGUUUUAUGGUUUUCCUUUUUAGCCAAGAAGGUACAAGAAAAUGAGUGUUGGUAAGUUUUCAAUAAAUUGUUUUGAAUGCCAAAAGUAACAAGACAGCAACAAUUAUUUGUUUUAGGUGAAAUUACAACUUAGACACAAGAAUAAUAUUAACUUGUAGCUGUCACAUCCAACUAACCAACUAACCUGAAUUGCUUCUGAAAGGAAACAAAUCAAAAUAUCAUAUUAUGAAUAAAAACGAUACAGUAUUGUAGAAAAUUUUAAUGGAAAAUGUGUAUUUGUACAUGCACACAUGUAUUGCGUAUCAUUGACUGAUUGUACAAGUUUGUAAUUUGGCAAUCAUGAACCUUUUAAUUUUGUCUAAAAAUAAUAUUACUGUUGUCAAUCUUUCUUAGCUGCUCAACUGAAGAAAACCAAGGAGGGAAGAAUAGAUAUCUCAACUCCGGAUUCCAUUCUGACGAGUAUUCCCUUGAGAGUAAGUAUAGUCAACUCUGCAAGAGUAUAAUGCAAAACUUGCCCCACUGUCACAUUUCUUUUUGUAAACUGUUUUUUUGUAGGUUUAUGCAUUCUUUGUGUGAAAAUGAAACCUUUCCUAUGAACAUAAGAAAGCGUAUUGCAUCAUAACAAAAGAAAUAAUUUUUGCUUCCCGUGUUACCUGGAUCAUUACUUAAUAAUGCCAUUAGGAUGCUCAAGGCCAGACUGCAUGUGCUGCCAAAGUGUGCACAAGGUAGUUCUUACUACUCAUAGCACAUACUUCUAUGAUGCAGUCUAACUAGCAGUUGUUGAAUACUUUUCUUUUUUCAGUCACUUAUAAACCAGCGUACAUUCAACAUGCUUCCAGCUCUGUAUCAAUAUCAGUUAGUGAAGUUACUGCCAAGAGUGGACAAGUCAGUAGGCAGUGAUGGUGGCCUCAGGUAUGUCAGAGGGGGCUGUUCCUGCCAGUAAUUUCUGUUGUGCAGAAUUUACUGUCAAACUUAGGAAACCGUGAACACUUGAAUUACAUGUAUGGCAGAAAUGUUAUCAGAUUGUGUAGUAACCUGCCACCAUCACGUUCAGGUCCCGGUUGUUCAAACAUUGGAUAGCGCUAUCCACUGAAUAAAUCACUAUCCAGCAGAUAACACACAUGUUUCCUGUAAUAUUUACCUGAUGGAUAGUGAUUUAUCCAGUGGAUAGCGCUAUCCUGCUUUUGAACAACCUGGGCCUAGACAUGCAUCCAUAUUUCAGAACCACAAACUUAUUACCAUAGCUGCUUACAGUUUACAUGUAGUUUUCUUGGGCCUUAUUGGUUUUUUCCUCACAACCAUAUACAUUCCAUGAAUAUUUUUGAUGUUUCCAUUUUGUGAGAUUCAUGGAAAACUGAAUCACAGAUUAUAGCUGCUUCCAAGAACACCAACAAAGUUUCCCUGCGAAAACAGCCGUUUCUCCUUGAUCCUUGGGACUUUUCGCUAAGAGAGACGUCUGUCCGACUGCCUCACCAACAGAAAUUCUAUAGUGGUUAUAUAAAAUCUCUCCGGAAUCUGGUCAGAAGCUCUGAUUGGUCAACGUAGUAGUUACUUUGUUUUAGCUAUUGUUUACGAAUGACAGACAAAAGACAAAAGGCCACAAAGGUGAAAUUUAAAUGCGAUGAAUCUAUUACAAAACACUGAAUAUUCGUGGAAUAUAUUCUUCUCUAGAAGAAGCAUUUGAGUUUUGCUGGAGCUUGUUUGCAGAUGAACACAAAGCUUUACCAAAGUUGACCAGGAGAAACAUAAAAUGAAAUAAAUUUGUAUUUAAAACCCCAUGACUACCGGAUUAAUUAUGUAAACAUAGAUUUACAUCAUCAGUAUGGAAUUUCUGUUGCUGAGACGCAGAUGUCUCUCCUGGCAAACAACCCAGGUGGCGAGGUAGAAGGAGAAACAGCUGUUUUUUGCAGGCUAUAACAAAGUUCCUCUCAAAGGAAAUUGAUGGUGCUCCUGCAAGUCCAAGUGACACUGUAGUGUACAUUAUGUAAACACAUGUGAUCAAUGGAAACACCUCUGUUGUCUUCGGCAAUUAGAUACAAUUCCAGUGUUUUACACUAAGUAUUCAGUCACUUAAUUCAUACUUUUAUCUUCUGUUGUAAUUAGAUGGUCUCUCUGAGAUAGACAUUUGCGGGGAAUUGGGGGAGGUACUCACUGAAGCUUUAUACAAUUUGCCUUUUAUUAUUGUAACAAGCAUUUUAUUGUUAUGGAACACCAAUAUGGUCACCGUGAUGUCAUGUGAAAACCCUCUAUAUUUAACUCGAGGUUUCCUUGUCACUUUCCCAUUUAUAGCCCUUUUUUGGUCUUUUCAGAGACUGAAAUGACAGAUUUCCCUGCCCUUCAACUAAUGAAGUCCCUACCCUUUCAAAUACCUGAAACUUGAUAAGGUUGCUCUUUCGGGCAGAGCCUCCCUGUAUAGGCCAUUAUAGGAAGUUCCCCCUUGGAUACCAGUCGCAGUGGUGUCUGUCUUAAGAAGUGGCUACUUAUAAUAGUGUGUUGUUUUUUUCUUUUGGCAGACCAUCACAUUCUGCUUUCACAAAUGAGUUCUUUGCUAGUGCGUGUCAUUCAUGGAGAGAUCGUCUUCAGGAUGGUGAGUAUUGUCAUUGCUUCAAGCUCAAGUUUUUUCAAACUUGCCAUUUGGCAAGGUAAAAUUAUCAUAAAAUGGUCGUAACACAUGAUGAUGUUGGUCUUGUUUGUAGGGUUCAAAAUAAUCAAAAGAGCUUUCCAACUUUUGCAGUCUCAAAGCAGGAUUAAUACCCCCAACAACCACAGUGGAAGAAGUGGAUUGUGUAGUUCCAGAAAAUAUCCAUACCCCCCCCCCCCCCAAAGGAGGGCACUUUUGCUUUAGACCCCCACCCCCUCGGAAUUUCAAUUCCUUGGGGUGCUUGUCAUACCCUGCUACUCUGUGGAAUUUCCAUGAUUUUCCAACUUGAUUGGGAACCCCCUGGAGAGAAUAUUUCCGUCAAAAAUGCUGUUGCACUAUACCAUUAUGUGAAAUGUAAUUGUUUCUGAUAUAAAGUAAGAAAAAAUUUUCUUAUUCAUGUUGAUACGUGGUCUAGUAAACUCAAUUUUGCCUUGUAGAGUUCUUUCUUAGCUAAUAAUUUACGGUGAGCCACUGCCGAAGAGCAAUAACUCGCCAAUCUUACUUGCAGCCCCCGGAAAGAAAGACCUCAAAAAGCCACCCCCAGCCCCUCGGAAAUUUGCUCCUUUUGGACCCCCCUCCCCUCAGAAUUUCUGUUGCCCUCAGUGGGGAGGGUAUAGAUAUUUCCUGGAACUACACGUCAUUAAGAAAUUGGGGUGUAAAUAUUUCAGUAGCAGCAAUGAGGGAUUUGAAAAGAGGCGCUCUGCAGUAGUGGGCAAAAGAGAGAACGGGCGCGCGCGAGGGAGACACGCGAGGGCUUUAACCUUUAGAAACAGGCUGUUUCCUCUUCCUUUUCACUUUUCUUUUCCACUCUUUUAUCGGUGCCAUGGUUUGCGUGACCUACUUACUGCUUGAGGGCUGGAAUUCCAAGAUUUGUCUAUCUAGGAGCUGGCCGUUAAUAAAACAAGAAAACUGGGUCGAGUUAACCUUCGCAAAGACUUCUGGGACUGUUACAAGGGCCGAGGCAAAAAGAAAGAUCGGCCAAUAGCUGACCGGCAUGCCCCCAAUAACGAUCCCAGAAACACUUGCGGCACGCAUUUUGGCUCCAGUUUCCGUCUUGUUUUUAAAGUGGCGAAUGGAAGUUCCUGGAUAUCUGAGGCGCCUAUUCCCUCUUUUUAUGCUUAACGCCUCAGUGUUUUAGCUCCUCAGAUUGUUUGCUAAGCAUUAUCUUUAAAUGUUAAAGCAGUCGUAAGAACUUACUCAUGAAUUGACCUUUCCAGGAGACUUCAUGACUGAUAUGCAACUAAAGAUGAGACAAGAAGAAGAAAGAUUAGCUAAGUUGGAUCCCUGGAAGGUGAGAUUUUGGUGCCUUGACAAUUAAGUAAUUUUACAUUAAAGGUGAGAGAUCGCUGGGUUCUUUAGUCCAAUCCCGUGAUCUGUUUCUAGUGACACGCGGAAAAGGUAAAAGACCUGUUUAAGCCAGUGGACCUGAAAAGAAUGGAACUUUUCUAAUAACCUGAUUGUUUCCUCGUUUGUUGCAGGCCAAGUUUUUUGAACCUGUCUGGGGCAAGAGGUUAGUAAUUUAGUGAUAAUUUUGGUAUCCAUGCAUUGCAAGUUAGAACGGCUGCUUAAAUGAAUGUACAUUGUGUACAGUGGAAGCUCUCAUGGGCGGACACUCUCGGUACUCGAAAAAGGUGUCCAUAACUGGAGCUUACCGCUUAUGGGAAUGUAAAAAUACAGAGUUUGUAUGGGAGGUAAGAAAAGCGGGGUUUUGUGAUGGCGGUCGUAAGUAGAGCUGUCCGCUUACAAGAGUGACUGUUAGGAGAGCUUCCACUUCAUUUUUAGCCGAUUGGUGCAGCACCGUGGUAUGUCAUAACCACGAAACCAACUAAGCGCUAACGCUUUAGGCUAUAGCUGUUCAUCUUGGACCUACGAUUAGCCACUUAAGAAAUGAGAGGAAAUUGGGUCGAGUUAAAGGAACUGUGUCACAAAUGUUAUCAUAAUUCAAUUCGUAGAAACUGCCACCAAAGUGAGUGAAACAAAAAUAAUGGCUUGAAACGUUAAAAGGUGUUCAUAACACAACAAAUACAAAAGUAGGCACGGAUGGAUAAAAACGGAUUGAAAUUGUCGGUCUUUGAAAACUUGCUAGCCUAACGGCUUGUCAAAGUUCAUUUUUGUUGUUUGUACCGUUUGAUAUUAUGCUAGAGAGGCAUAUUUGAAGGACAAGAAGCUGUGAUUUUGUCGUUCACUAGUAAUUUCUUCGUUAACGUGAAGUUCCUCGGCUGAUACGGAAGCGUAAUUGGCAAUAUUAACAAACUGAACCAGACAGCCGUGAUAGACCCCUUAAAGUUUCACAAAGACUUUGGGACUGUUACUGGGGACAGGGAAAAAAAUUGUCCAACACCGGACCGGCGCGUCGGCAGUAACGAUCCCAGAAGUCUUUGCGCUAAGUAAACUGGGCCCAGUUUUCCUCUUGUUCCUUAAGAGAUGGAUAGUUCACUGCCGUUGUGCAUACUAAGCCGCUUACCCAAACAUUGUUGGAACGGGUUUCUUUUUCUAACGAAAUUAUUUUUUAUUGCCACUGGUCGGUUGAACAUCUGAGUAAUCUGUUGAUCACUCCCCUCUUACUCCUCUCCCUUCCCCUCCCCUCCCCUCCCCACAGAAAUGUAUCUUUUAAUUUAUUUCAAGAAAUUUCAAUUUCAGAAAACUUUCGGAUACCGAAGAAUCUUCCCAAGACCUUGCCCAUGCUUAUUUCACUGAACCACUGUCCCCAGCACCUGCUGUUCCGAGUCAUAAGGAUCCUAAUGUUGGCAGGUCGCAGCUCAAUCCUCCAAAAUCAGCCAGGAUAUCAAGCGCCAUGAUACAACCUCUAACCGUCCCAGUUAAGAAACUUCCUCCUCACUGUCUUCCCAAACAAAGGGUGUCUGAGUCUCGGAGAUCAGAGGCGGCGAAGCAGCUUAGAGCGAACGCAAAAGCUGGGCCGUCACGACCAAGGUCCAUACCCAUCUAUCGGAUGGUCACCGUCGCUGUUGCUAACGAAGCUCUUAAAGCCGUAAGGACUUGUGCGCCAGACAAUAUGCUCACUACUAGUACGGUAUACUCAAGAAAAAGGACGAUUAAGACUCCUUGUAGCGAGACUGCUUCUGAUGGCUCUUCCAUGGAGCCAUCGGCAACUUCAUUAUCUAACGCGUCUGUAUUUACACAUGAGGCAGUAGAUCUGCCGAAACCUGCAACACUUAUAAAACAGAGACCACCAUCGCGGGCUGCAAUGCGCAGUCAAGCGGCCAGUAAAGAGAACUCGACACGCCGUGGUUCUGCCACGGCUGGUGUCUCAAAAGGCUUUUCAGUCAACUCUGUCACUUCCAAAGCCUUCAGCAGAUCGAUGUUACUGAAGAACUGUUCGUGUCGGCUGAAAGCCAUGGAAAUCUGCAGAAAAUGUGGUGCUUUCUGUCACGAUGACUGUAUCACUGCCGCACAGCUUUGCAAUGCGUGUGUCAACUAGCUGUCGGUCCGAAAUCAAGAGAACAGUGUUUGGUCAAACGCUGGUUAAGUGAUGACCAAGUACUCUUGCUUAUUUUUGAAAUGCUACUUUAACACUAAAAGAAAUGUUUACUUGAAUGAAGACAGCAAAACUUGAGGAGUUUUCUGUUUUUGGAAUAUGAACUAUUUCUGAAAACAGGGCGUUAAAGUAAAAGGUAAAAUUAAGUUAACUUAGAAUACGGAAAUUCGUUCGCUUUGCGGUAGGGGUCUCUAAAAAUAAAGUCUUCUCGCCCGAACUUGCGUCACCUUUUCUUAAUUUGAAGUUGUUGCCCUAAACAGAUACCCAGGCAUACCCUUUCUAAUUUUAUUCCUUUUUUCACGUUUUAAGAAUGACAAAUACACAUGCAUAUCCUUGUCUUAACUGCCUUCAAGGCUUAAAGCCUAAGCGUAAAUUUCGAAUGAUGCUUUCUGGGGGAUGGGCAAUCUGAGCGGUUUCCGUUAAUCACCUUGACUGAACUUUUUUUAUGGGCAGAAUAUGUCACUUGGAUUUCUCUGACGAAACGUCACGCUUUGAAAAUCUUUUACGGUGGUAGAUUGACUUUGUCGACUUAGUUGAUAAAACCAUAACAGAAUUAAAAUGACAAGCCAGGAGGUUUCUAAGGUGGGCCUAAAGAAAAGCUACAAGUUAUUGUCACAAAGCAUGUCUGGCGCAUUCCGUUUUAUGACUAGUCUAUUCUGGUGUCUGAAAUAUUGGGAGGUAGCUUAAAGGAGGUGUGUCACGAAAUUUUUCAAACUUCAAACAAGGAGAACUGACACCCAAUAAGGUGAAACGUAAUAAUAACUACUCACAGCAAGAGAAGAAGUUAUCAAUAACUGAGCGAGUACAGAGUAAGGCACAGGGUGUCCAAACUCGAGGAAGAAUAAACGGGAUUGCAAUUGGGUUUUUUCAAAGUUUGUUAAUUUUUCUGUUUGUAACGUUUGAUAUAACGGUGGGGAGACAUUUGUUUAAUUAAAACUCGGAUUUUGCCAGUAAAAGUGAAAAACGGACGAAAUAAUCCAGAUAGCCGUGACGCAGCCCCUUUAAACAAACAAAAAUGUUUCAGAUAUCAUGUUUUGAAUCAUCAUUUCGCCCUCAUUCUCAAGCAACACGUGUCACAACAGUUUGGCCUGGGAAUGAGUUUCGAAUUGAUGCGCAAACUUACAAGAUUGUGUUUCAUGUUCCAAACAUUUGCUUAUUUUACAGUUGUUAGUCCACAUGAAGCAAAGAACAAACGUGAAUAAUUAUGUGAAUUAG